CCGCUCCUGCAUACAGUUCAACGCACCCCAGUACCGGAGGAGGGGGGACAGUCACAGACAGAGAGACAGACUGAGAGCGAGAGAGAGACAGACAGACAGACAGAGAGGGAGGGAGGGACACCGCUGUGUGUGAAUCGCGUCGGCGCUGCCGUUGCGCACCAAACAAACCAGACGUGAACAUCCAGACCCAUAAACGCUCGCCACCUCCGGUUCAGCUGGAUUUACUGCAUGAGGCGUCAUCUGCAUCUGUAGCGGGAUAAAACUGAGUCUGUGCGGCACGAAGGUCAACGACUGAGGCAGCGAGAGGAGGCGGGGGAACACGGGAGGCAGCACCGUCCGUCCGAACACCGGGACCCCGCCCGGCCGCAGGUUCCCCCCGCUGCGCUGGAGCUGAGCUGUCAAAGCUGCAGAAAUGCCAAACGGGAAGAUGACGGAAGACCAGUCUAAUGAAGAGUGAGUCAAAGGAGGACGCACUAAAGGAUAAGCACAACAGUGAGAGACAGAGGAGUCGACAAACACAAUAAACAAAUGAGAGUGAACGGAAACGGAGGGAGUGGUAAAAUGUAUCAAAGAAACGUUAGGAGUUCUAUGAAAGAGCAGAGACAGAAGUAAAGGUGUACAGAAGGAAAUCCACGGAUCCAAAGGUAGGAAGGAUAAGCAAGAGUCUGGUUCAGGGAGGAAAGUUCUGGAUGGUCACCACAACGGCCAGCUGGUUAUCCCCCCUCGAAAGAUGGCUUCCAACUUCAACGACAUCGUCAAGCAAGGAUACGUACGCAUGCGGAGCCGCAAACUUGGGAUCUAUAGGCGCUGCUGGCUGGUGUUUAAGAAGUCGAGCAGCAAAGGACCGCGCCGCUUGGAGAAAUACCCUGAUGAGAAGUCUGCCUACAUCAGAGCCUGUCCCAAGGUGACCGAGAUUAGCAAUGUCAAGAACGUCACACGGUUGCCGCGGGACACCAAGCGGCAGGCUGUAGCCAUUGUGUUCACGGAUGACACGUCGCGCACAUUCACUUGUGAAUCAGAGCUGGAGGCAGAGGAUUGGUUCAAGACGCUGUCGAUUGAGUGUCUGGGCAUGCGGCUCAAUGACAUCAGUAUGGGGGAGCCUGACUUGCUGGCUGCUGGGGUUCAGUGUGAACACACAGAGCGUUUCAACGUGUUCCUCCUUCCCUGUCCUAACCUGGACAUCUACGGCGAGUGCAUGAUGCAGAUCACCCACGAGAACAUUUACCUGUGGGACAUUCACAACCCUCGCACUAAGCUGGUCACCUGGCCGCUCUGCUCUCUGCGGCGCUAUGGACGUGACGCCACGCGCUUCACCUUUGAAGCCGGACGGAUGUGUGACAGUGGCGAAGGCCUCUACACCUUCCAGACCAGAGAGGGAGAACAGAUCUACCAGAGGGUUCACUCAUCGACACUGGCCAUUGCUGAGCAGCACAAGAAGGUCCUACUGGAGAUGGACAAAAACAACAGGUUAUUGUCUAAGAGUUCAGAGCCUCGAUCCUACCCCUGCACACCCACUGCCAUACUGCCCCGAUCAGCUUACUGGCACCACAUCACUGGAAACCAGACCAGCAUGGACCAUGGUAGUGGUGAUGGAUCAGAAGACGACCUUCUUUCCACCUGCCUUCCUCCUGACGGACACGCAACGCUGCCAAUGGCGAGCGCACACGAACACUCCCAGCUGCACAUACGCACACACUCCUCGACACAUUACCCCACCUACCCCGGACAGUGACACACACACACACAGAAAGACACACUGGACAUGGACGCUGGAUUUAACACAUAACCAAACGCAUGCAGCCAUUUAUAGAUCACACUCCAGAAGAAACACACACACACACACACACACACACACUGUCACACUAGCAUUUGUUCUUACAGCCCAACAUCACACCUCACAGGACAUGUUGAUGAUGGGACUGAACACUGACAUCCUGUAACACAUGCAGCAGAUCAAAGGAAAAAACUCAAUUCUGAAUUCUGGAGUGAGGACUAAACAAGGUUUGGGCUUCCUGACUGCAGCUCCCACUGCUUCAUAGUAGACAGGGAGGAUUUGACCUUUUUUUCUACAUAUGUUGCCUUUAAGUAUGGACUUAAAGAGAUGUUCAGGUUUCUGUGACGGGAGGUUGUGUGAGGUACUGACACACAGUCAACGCUGACGGUGCU